UUUGAGGCGGUAGCGAUUUGAUGUUACCCCGUUGAUCCCUCAAACAAAGACCAUGAAUAAAGACUACCAGCUGAGAGCCGCCAUCAACCAGAAGCUGAUAGAGAUGGGGGAGCGAGAGAGGCUGAAGGAGCUGCUCAGGGCCAAACUGGUGGAGUGUGGGUGGAAGGACCAGCUGAAAGCUCACUGCAAAGAUGUGAUCAGAGAAAAGGGCCUGGACCACGUCACGGUGGAGGACCUGGUUACAGACGUGACACCGAAAGGCAGAGCUCUGGUACCGGACAGCGUGAAGAAAGAACUCCUGCAGAGAAUCAGAGCUUUUCUAGUUCAACACGCAGCGCUGUGA